AUGCUCGUCAAGAACUCCCUCUUCCUGGCUACGGCUCUGACCGCUGGCUCUGCUGUCGCCCGUCUUCACGGUCAUGACCGCCGUCACGCUCACCCCAAGGUUGAUAUCGAGGCUGUUGAGAAGCGCGCCGAGGUCGUGACUGCCACCAUCGACGGUGUUCUCGAGACCUGGAUCAACAACUGGUUUGGUGAUGUCGCCGAGGCUACCACCACCUCCUCUUCCACCUCCACUAUUCAGGUUCCCACCACCACCGCCGCUGCCGCCGUGACUCAGGCCCCCAGCGCUAUCGAGUCCGUGGUCCCCGCUCACACUGCUGCUCCUGGCUCCAGCGGCUCUUGGUCCGACCUCCCCGCCAAUGGCCAAUACUCCCGCGACGGCUUCGGUGGUAGCAACUACAAGAUCGAGGUUCUCGGCAUUGAGUGGACCGGUAACACUGGUCUCCCUUGGGGUAGCAACAUCAUUGAGGUCGAGGAGGGCGUCGCCAACCAGUACCGUCACGUCGUCCGCUUCGAGGGCAGCCAGACUGAUGACUGGACCGUCAUUGUCUGGAACAAGAAGGGCCCCAACGGCCUGAUGGACGGUUUCUUCCACCCCAACAAGGCUCUCUCUUUCACCCUUGCCAAGGGCGAGGUCAAGUACGUUGCCAUUGACACCGAGUCCACCGGUGGCUGGGCUGCCUGGAAGGGUGACGAUACCCCUCUCAGCCAGUACGGUAGCUACGCCGCCACCUGGGGUGAGUUCACCAUGCGCGAGGCCCCCAACUUCACCUCUUGGGACGUCUCCUGCAUCCAGGCCCAGAACGCCGGCAAGGAAAUCCAGGGUAUGCAGAUCUGCCAGCACGACGGCUCUAGCUGCUCUUCCAUCACCAAUGGCAUGGGUACUGUCAAGAAUGCCUACACCUCUGCCGAGACCGACAUCAACGGCAUUGGUGGCAACGUCAUGGUCGAGGCCAUCCGUCUUGUCGUCAACCUCGACUUCGCUUAA